AUCACAAAACAAAACAUACAGGUUUGAGAAAUCUUACUGAUGCACAUUUUUCACCGCAUAUGAUUUACUCGUAUAUUCUAUAAGCUACUAACAAUAUACAGAAAUGUAUUCCGAUAUACUCCAUUAUUUAUAUUUCUAAUGACAUUAAGGUUGUGCAACUUCAGCUGCCAAGAUGCAAAAUGAACCUACAGAUGAUUGGGAAUCCUCGCACCAAGCUCCGUCCAAGAAACUAAGAACACCUAUUAGAAACCUUAGAUACUAACACGGAUAGUUGUGCCCAGAACAUUGGCCUUCUUACGCACCUCCAGGUGAAAUUAACUACCUCCUAAGCCAACACUUUCCAUCAACAUCAUCGCCGUAAUCAUUUCCUUCAUAUCACUUAUACUUGACAUCUCCUAAACAAACCCAUCGGGAUCAUCCUAAAGUGAACUAGACACCUCAUUAUUGCACCAUGCAGCUCGCCGUCUUCUCCGCUAAACCCUACGACAAGAAGUACCUCACAAGCACCCGAGCAACAGAACUCGACAACGCCACUAAUAUCGAAGUCGUCUACCACGAAUUCGCCUUGUCUCUCGAAACGGUUCCUCUAGCGAAGGGUGCAAGCGCCGUCUGCGUCUUCGUGAACGAUGAUCUCGGCGCCGAUGUCCUUAAGUCGCUACAUGCGAGCGGUGUCCGUGCGAUCUUAUUGCGUUGCGCCGGAUAUAACAACGUCGACUUAGAAGCUGCCCAGCGCCUAGGUCUCUUCGUCGCCAAUGUACCCUCUUACUCCCCCGAGGCCGUCGCCGAAUUCGCCGUUGCGCAAAUCCAGACGCUGAAUCGAAAUACCCAUCGCGCCUACAACCGUGUCCGCGAAGGAAACUUCAGUCUCCAGGGACUACUUGGGCGCACUUUGAACGGAAAGACAGUAGGUGUUAUUGGCACGGGUCGCAUUGGUGUGGCAUUCUCCCGAAUCAUGAACGGCUUCGGAUGCCGACUAAUAGCCUACGACGUCUUCGAAAACGACGACUUUAAAAAGUACGGCACGUACACGGACCUCGACACCUUACUCUCCGAAAGCGACUUUGUUAGUCUACACUGCCCAUUGACGGAGAAGACGCGGUAUAUUAUAAACGACGAGACGCUGGCGAAGAUGAAGAGAGGGGCUAUGUUAAUCAACACGUCGAGGGGUGGGCUUAUCAACACCAAAGCUGUCAUUGCGGCCUUGAAGAGAAAGCACCUAGGUGGCCUGGCGCUAGACGUGUACGAGGGCGAAGGGGCGCUGUUCUACAAUGAUCACUCGGGCCAUAUUAUCGAUGACGACGAGCUUAUGCGUCUGACUACCUUUCACAACGUACUUGUGUGCGGCCACCAAGCUUUCUUUACGGAGGAAGCGCUGCGUGAAAUUGCAGAGGGUACUAUCCAUAACUUGAGCGAUUUUUUGCAUGGCAGGCAGUGCAAGAAUGCUCUCGUUCAAGACCAAGCUGGGUUGGAACUGAUUAAAAGAGUCUCCGUACCGAUUCGGAUCUAGAAAUACAAGGGCUCAUACUGUAGGUAGGCCAUAGUGAGUAAGUAAGGGUGCGCGAGGAAUUCAGAUACAAACAUGGUGGCAUUCAAUAGAUUUUUAUGAAACUCGGU